GCAGCGCAGCGCACAUGAAAUGAUACGAGUGGGACUGUAUCGUAAAAUUGCUAAUGCAAAAUUGCGUGGGAGAGAUCGAGAGAGCGAGUCCGAGUCCAGGUAGUGCGAUCUUCCUCAGUUAUUUGAGCUAUUUGAAAGCCGUUCUAGCUCAGUGGUAUUAAUAAUUAUUUCUGCGUCAUUUUGUUACAGUGGAUGAACUAAGUAAGGCAGCUUAGAGUAGCACUAGCAGACUGAUCUGCUGUCUGGUGAUUCUGUGAAACGAGAGAGAUCGAGACUCAUCUCAUCACACUGACACACUGCAGACAGAGCUUGAGUACAGUGACAGUCAGCUGCCCGGUCUCAUCGGGACAGGCUAGUUCAAGCAAAUAAUCAGUGACCAUUCGUUCAGCUAUAGCCUAUUAUUUGCCUCAUGAUUAUCGGCCUACAUGAACUUGAGAAUGAUGAUAACAUCAGGAUUGGAGAGUUAGAUAAUCGUUGACCCCCUGUAAUACACAUUGAGCUAAGUGUUCAACAGUGAGAAGAUCAGAAGCCACAGACAUGGUCUCCGUGACUGAGACAGAGGUUCGGUUCACACCAAGCAGUCGAGGAACAGAAGAGGGUGCUGUAGAGGUGACUGUCAAAGGAUCUAGCAACAUGCCAAGCACUAGGAGACAAAGCUCUGAGAGCAGCAGAAGGUCCCUGAGUGGACGCUGCUGCCCAAAGCUCUUUGAGCGUGCCUCAGGGAGCUGGUGGGAUCCCAAGUUCAACCUUCCCAUUAUUGAGGAACAGUUUCAAAGGCAGUCGUUCCCUCAGCUCAAGAAGCGGUUCCGCUAUGCAGUAGGGUAUGCUCUUCUAGCUUGUAUAACAUGGAUGAUUUAUAUACCUAUCAAUAUGAGCAACAUGGAGCAGACGUGUGACUGGAUUAUUUUUGAAAUAGCACUUGGGUGUAUGGUCGGGGUUUGUAUAGCUCUUAUAGCCUUCACAACUUGUAGGUAUUAUAGGGACUAUGUAAUGCACACUUCGCUUGUCUUUAUAGUAGUCGUAUGUGGACUUACUCUAGCUUCAUUUGCGUCUUUCACCAACGAUUGCGAAUGCGAUAAUAGAGUGAUUAGUACUGUUGCGACGUUUGCGGUAUGCGUUGAGAUGAUCUUGAUGACAUAUACCGUGAUACCGUUACCAUUUCUAUACUCAGUGUUUACUAUGAUGUUGUUUUCAUUCGUGUAUGAGGUCUUAUUCUUCACCACAGCACUACAGCCGGAUGAAGUGAAUGCAACGCAUGUGUUCACCAAGCUGUUCCUUCACUUGUGUAUCCACAUGAUGGGCAUGCAUAUUUUCUUUAUGUCUCAAGUGCGUAACCGUAGUACAUUCUUGAAGGUUGUAGAAACUGUUGUUGCCCAGAACCUGCACAAACGGGAGAAGCAGAUCAAGGAGGCUACCAUCCAAUCUCUUAUGCCUGACAUUAUUGCCAAAGAGCUACUGAAGGGUCGAGAGUCUAACCCCGAAGUCAAGCCUCACAAGGGUCGUAAGCAGUCUUCCGAACCCAUCUUCCGACCCUUCUACAUGAAUCGCAUGGAGAAUGUUAGCAUCCUGUAUGCCGACAUCGCUGGGUUUACCAAGAUGAGCGCAAACAAGAGUGCCGAGGUUCUUGUUGGUCUUCUCAACAAUCUAUUCGGCCGCUUUGAUCACCUCUGCAGGAGGCACAACUGUGAGAAGAUCUGUACCUUGGGUGACUGCUACUACUGUGUGUCUGGAUGUCCUGUGUAUAGGGAGGACCACGCCCAAUGCUGUGUUGAAAUGGGUCUGAGCAUGAUCGAAGCUAUUAAGGAUUUCUGCCAAGAGACGGGAGAGAAGGUCAACAUGCGUGUAGGGAUUCAUACUGGCACUGUGCUCUGUGGCAUUGUGGGUAAUCGUCGCUUCAAGUUUGAUGUGUGGUCCAAUGAUGUAACCAUUGCUAACAAGAUGGAAGCAUCUGGCCAGCCAGGGAAGGUUCAUGUAUCUGCAGAGUCUGUCAAGUUUCUUGGAGAGAGAUAUGUCUUGGAUGAAGGCAAUGCAGACAAACAUGCUCUUCUCAUUGGUAAGUUCAAACUUAACAUUUCUCUCUCCUCUACAACAACUUCAUUAAUAUUUUCCCAUUGCUUCCUUAGAUUGGUUUCCAGUUUGCUGCAUAGAAGCAUCAUAUUUUAUGUAUCAGCUCAGAUACAUUGUAUCAUGUACAGUAAUAUGCAUUUUAAAUACAGCCUUUGUCUGGUGUUGUCCAUGCUUCCGUGGACAUUGUCAGGGCACUGAAACCUAUCCUUUCAUUGAAUAUGGUAGGCGGAAUUCAAUUGCAAAAUAUAUGCUCCACUUCCUGGCAGUGUUGAUAUAAAUGUUAGAAUUAUUUGCCACUAUUAUUAAAAGAUAUAGGCCAGUAUAUUUACAUACUUUUCAUAGAGCCAAAAUGUUUUAAUACUCUUGCAACUAUCAAAGAUAAUUAUCACUCUGAUAUUUUGCUACAGUUCAUGAUAAUUUUUGAUAUGUCAUGCAUUCUUUGAAACAUAUGACAUAUUUACAUGUACAUAGAGCCAAAAUAUUACAAUGUGUACAUGUAAUUA